AUGUCUGCCAACCCUCAGCUGAGAAAGCCUCUGGUGGUCGCCCUGGGGAACCCUAAAUAUGUAGGACAAGAAUUCCUGGACGAGUUCAAGAAAGACUUUGAUUUUGAGAUCCUCGAAGCGACAAAUCGCAAGGAAACAAAGGAGCUUCUUCCCCAACUGAUCGCGAAAUCAGGCCCGAUCGAUGCCUUCCUCAUCCGCAUGGGCACGCCUCCCUACGAGCCGUUUGACGAGGACUUGCUCGGGGCUCUCGUGCCUCACUGCAAGAUCAUCACCUCGGCGUCGGCCGGGUUCAACGAGUUCGACGUGGACUGGAUGACACGCAACAAUAUUUGGUUCUGCAACACGGUCGACGCCGUCGCCGAAGCCACCGCCGACAUGGCCCUGUUUCUCAUCCUGGCCGUACUGAGAGACACCACUAGGGCAGAAAGGGGUGCCAGAGACGGGAGUUGGAAGCAGGGCCUCGUUCCGAGUCGAGACCCUACCGGGCUGACGUUAGGGAUUGUCGGCAUGGGAUCGAUUGGAAAGUACACCGCGCGUAAAGCAGCGGUGUUCAACAUGAAAAUCAAAUAUCACAACCGCCGCCGGCUUCCUCCAGAGGUGGAACAGCAAUAUGGCACCGAGUACAGCCCGAGUCUGCACUCGCUGCUCUCCGAGUCUGACGUGGUGUCGAUCUCAUGCCCGCUCAACGCAGCGACGACGAACCUGAUCUCGCACGCCGAAUUCGCCGCCAUGAAACAUGGCUCGUUCCUGGUCAACACCGCCCGCGGCGCCGUCGUGGACGAGGCCGCGCUCAUUGCCGCCCUGGAGUCCGGCAAGGUUGCGCGAGCGGGCCUCGACGUCUUUUGCAACGAGCCCAACAUGAACCCAUACUUUCGGACCAGCGACAAGAUCGUCGCCCAGCCGCACAUGGGCGGCCUGACGGAUGUGGCCUUUAUGAAGUCGGAGCGCGAGUGUUUCGAAAACAUCAGGAAGCUGUUCAAGACAGGCCGGCCUGCAGCGCCGGUUAACGAGGUCGCCACUAAGUUGUGA